AAACUCACAUAAUUUAUUCCCAUUAUCAAAAAGGUAUUGCCGGCUUCUUUUGUUUGUUUUAGUAUUAAAUAACGGAAUUCGGCAAACAAUCUUGAGAUCUUUAAAGUGUUCAUUUACCUGCAGUGGCCAAGCAAACAGUAAAGCUUUUACAGCUAAUUACUGAUGGAAACGAGCUACCCAAAAAAAAAUAAAAAUAAAUAAGAAGUACUUGAGUAAUGGCUAACUUUUAGUGAUUUACGCGGAAGUGUUGAUGUUGAAUCAAACCGAAUGGGAAAAGAAUACCGAAAAACGCAGACUAUUAUUAGCUUUCAAUUGAAUUUUUAAAGACUAUUAGAAGAAAUACUGAUCAUAAGCAGCUUCGACUUUAAAGUCAAAUAUUGUAUAUGGGAACUGCACCACAGAUUGUUGUCAAACAAGUGUGAUCUUUGCAUAAAGUCAAGAAUUUAGGCAAAUAUUGGAAAACAUGAUGAAAAGCACCGAUGAUGAUCCAUUAGUCGGGGACAGCGGACAGAAGUCCAAUGAUUAUCACCUUAAAAUAUGGCACAAGAGUGCCUCCAAGGACGUUAAGCUCAACAUCGAGGCAACCCAGGACACAUCCAAUGCAGCCAAGAAAACCAGUUGCCUUCGCUGGCUGCUGUUCCUGCUAUUGACGCCACUUGGAGCAGCGGGCACAGCUUUGCUCUGGUACUAUCAAGGUGCCUACUAUGGACUGCUUGGGGUCUAUGGCAGCCUCGUGCUGCUGCUGUUGGUUAAGCCUGGCUUCCGCUGGUUCUACAUAGCAGCAGUGACGACACCCCGCGACACCAUCGCUCUGAUUGCCUACAUACGCGUGAUGUUGUUUGUGAAGCGGCAGGAGCGCAAGAACCUCAAUGUGGGCGACAUCUUCGAGGCGAAUGUGGCACAGUAUCCCGACAAGCUGGCGAUUGUCAGCGAGACGCAACAAUGGACGUUCCGGCAACUGAACGAACAUGCAAAUCGUGUGGCGAAUGUCUUCCACAGCCAUGGCUAUAAGAAAGGCGACGUGGUGGGUUUGCUGAUGGAGAAUCGCUGCGAGUUCGUUGCCACAUGGCUUGGACUCUCGAAACUAGGUGUCAUCACGCCGCUCAUCAACACAAAUUUGCGCGGUCCUUCGCUACAGCACAGCAUCAAGGUGGGCAACUGCACCGCACUCAUCUACAGCGUUGGCUACCGUGCAGCUGUCAUGGAUAUAGCCAGGGAUUUGCCCGCUCAUGUGGCGUUGUAUCAGUUCAACGAUAGCGUGCACUCCCCCGAAGUUACCGAUGGUCUCACACAGGGUCUGGCACAGCAACUGAAUCCACUGCUGGAUGCUGCAGCCAAGGAUAAAGUGGCUGCAGGUGCCACGAGGGCGGAUCAUCAGGAUAAGCUUGUCUACAUCUACACAUCGGGAACCACAGGACUGCCCAAGGCAGCUGUCAUUACCCACUCACGCUAUUUCUUCAUUGCCGCUGGAAUACACUAUACCUUGGGCUUCCGGGAUAAUGAUGUGUUCUACACUCCGCUGCCACUAUAUCAUACAGCUGGCGGCGUGAUGAGCAUAGGACAGGCGUUGCUCUUCGGCUCCACUGUUGUCAUCCGCAAGAAAUUCAGUGCGUCGGGAUACUUUGAAGACUGCGCGCGCUUUAACUGCACGGUCUCACAAUACAUUGGCGAGAUGGCCCGUUAUAUAUUGGCCACCCCCGAUGCACCGCAUGACCGCCAGCAUCGAGUGCGGAUGGUCUUUGGCAAUGGGUUGCGUCCCCAGAUCUGGACACGGUUCGUGGAACGGUUUAAGAUUGCCAAAGUGGGCGAAUUCUAUGGUGCAACUGAGGGCAAUGCGAAUAUCAUGAACAACGACAGCACUGUGGGAGCCAUUGGAUUUGUCUCACGCAUACUGCCCCAGAUAUAUCCCAUUUCAGUGAUCCGAGCUGAUCCCCACACCGGCGAACCCAUUCGCAACAAGAAGGGACUAUGCGAGUUGUGCGGCGUACAGGAACCGGGCGUCUUCAUUGGGAAGAUUGUGAAGGGCAAUCCGUGUCGAGAGUUUCUUGGCUACGUCGACACGAAGGCCUCCUCCAAGAAAGUCGUGCACGAUGUCUUCUGCAAGGGUGACAUGGCAUUUAUAUCUGGGGACCUAUUAGUGGCCGACGAGCGUGGUUACUUGUACUUUAAGGAUCGCACGGGUGACACGUUCCGUUGGAAGGGCGAGAAUGUCUCCACCAGCGAAGUGGAAGCGCAGCUCAGCAAUCUCGUUGGCUACAAGGACACCAUUGUCUAUGGUGUGAGCAUACCGCAGACAGAGGGACGUGCAGGCAUGGCGGCCAUAUAUGAUCCAACGCGAGAGGUAAAUGUGGCAACAUUAGGAUCUCAGCUGGCGGCAACCUUACCUAACUAUGCGCGCCCAAUAUUCCUGCGAUUCCUGCGACGAAUUGAUCUUACUGGAACGUUCAAGUUGCGCAAGGUGGAGCUGCAACAACAGAGCUUUAAUCCCGCAGCCAGCGAGGAUGAGUUGCACUAUCUGCAGCCAAAUGGCAACUAUGCACCGUUGACACAAGCCAUUUACGAGAGCAUACAGCGCAAUGAGAUGCGCUUCUGA